AAUUUUCAAAAUUCAAAGGGACAACUCCUCUAUAUAAAUGGGAGCAUCCCCAGUGGUCCAAGCUAUGCAUUUAGUUUGUGUUAAAAGUUGGUGGUUGUAUUCAAUAGACUCAACCUUACAUUCCUAUACACCUAAUCGUUCUAUGCACUUAUCGCUCGACCCAACCUAAUAUUCCUAUAUAGCAAGAAUUCUUGAGGUGCCUUAAUCGGUGCACAAGAGAGGUGUAAGGAAAGGAGUCAUAUCGAUCUUUCGGUUGUAGGCCAAGUAGGCAUAUCGAAGAAUUUUGUUCAUCUGGGAUCAAGAACUUGAAGUUCUUGCUGGUGGUAACAAAUGGGGCUCUCUCUUUCAUUACUUACAUCAUCGUGGAAUGAAAAUUCGGGCCAUCUGUUCUAUGAUUUAACAGAAAAUGUAGAAACUUUUAUCGCCAGAUCAAUAAGUUUUGGAAGCAAAGAUGGAGAACUAAUCUUGAUGAAAACACACAGAUUCAAGAGAAUUGAUAUGGAUAAACCCCAAAAAUCUGAAAAAGAAAGGCUAAAAUCACAUGUUCCUUUGAGAAAAUUGGUUGUAGACAAGGAGAAUGAAACCUCAGAUUAUUCAAAAGUCGAGAAGUUGAAACCCCAAGAACCCUUCGUGUUUUCUUCUCCAAGACCAGUUGACGAACUGAAUUCUGCUGCUACAAAGCUUCAGAAAGUUUACAAGAGUUACCGGACGAGAAGGAACCUUGCAGAUUGUGCAGUUAUUGUUGAAGAGCUCUGGUGGAAAACCUUGGAUUCUGCAGCUUUGAAACAGAGCUCGAUAUCGUUCUUCAACAAAGUUGAACACGAAACUGCUGUGUCCCGGUGGGCUCGUGCUAAGACAAGGGCUGCUAAGGUUGGCAAAGGCUUAUCCAAGGAUGAGAAAGCUCAGAAACUAGCUCUACAACAUUGGCUUGAAGCUAUUGACCCUCGUCAUCGCUAUGGACACAACUUACACUUCUACUAUGACGUGUGGUCGGAGAGCAGAAGUCUCCAACCAUUCUUUUAUUGGUUGGAUGUUGGUGAUGGUAAGGAAGUAAAUCUUGAACUUUGCCCCAGAGUCAAUCUGCAAUGUCAAUGCAUUGAAUAUCUUGGCUCUAAUGAGAGAGACGCAUAUGAAGUGAUUGUAGAUGACGGGAAAUUAGCGUACAAAGAAAGUGGAGUUCUCUUGAAUACAGCUGAAGGCUCAAAAUGGAUUUUUGUUCUAAGUACAACAAGAACUCUAUAUGUAGCACAGAAGAGGAAAGGUGUUUUUCAGCACUCCAGUUUUCUUUCUGGUGCAGCUACAACAGCUGCUGGUAGAUUAGUUGCUCAUCAUGGCAUUCUAGAGGCAAUAUGGCCAUACAGCGGUCACUAUCUUCCGACUGAAGAUAAUUUUAAGGAAUUCAUCAUGUUUCUCGAGGAGAAUGAAGUAGAUUUAAUAAAUGUUAAGAGGUGUGCAAUAGAUGAUGACAGGACCUCAUUUAAGGAAGAUGCUGUCAAAGUUGAGAAACCUCAUGGAGGCAAUACAUCAAUCAAGACAGCUAAUAUAGAAGCACCCAAACUUGACUUGCCCAAGAGUUUAUCUUACAAGUGGACCACUGGAGUUGGGCCCCGCAUUGGAUGUGUUCGAGACUACCCAAUGGAGCUUCAGUCUGAGGCACUAGAACGGGUAAAUUUAUCACCUACAGUGAAAUCAGGCAACCCGAAGAGUUGUUUGCCUGUCCCAUCUCUGCGACCAAGCCCAAAAAUGCGAAUGUCACCCCGACUUGCAUAUAUGGGACUUCCUAGCCCAAGGGUGUCUCUCCAUUCCAGUCAAGUUUUAGCUCCUAGUCAAGCGGUGGCACACACAUGCCAGUUCUCUUCCAAUCAAAUGUCGACCACGUCAAGUACAAAAACACAGUAAAAUGACCAAGUGCGAAACACAGUAGAAUAACGUAACAACUCAUUACCACUUUUGCAAUUUUUCAUAUAGCUACAAGGUCUAUAUUCUUGUUCCUUGAUUCUUGUUGAACACAACUGAACCAUGGGGUUAAAUGGCUCCCCUUUAUGCAAGUUCAAAUUUUUUUGCUACCAUAGGAAAAGAAGAAACAUUCUAUUUUUGGAUUAA